CCCCUCCCGUCACUCACGGCUCGUCUUCGAGAACGCAAGGCAGGCACGGCGCGCCUUAUCAGUCUGCCCUCCCUCCUUCCUUCCGCCAUUAUUCAUUAAUAUUAUUCCCCCUUUUUCCUCCUGUUCUUUUUUCUACCACUUUUACUUCCCGUCAGCCCACAGGUCGCCAUGGCGCCGUAGUCUGCUCGAGACUUCAUCCCGAUUCCGUCGUUUGGUUUUUAACCCCGCGGGUAACGUUUACCGAGUGGAGGCAUAUUGGCGCCCCCUCCCUCUCCUCUCCCCGUCGCUACCCGCCAGACAGACAGAGACAGACAUGCUCCACGGUGGGUGCUCGCGCAACCCGCCUCCUCUCCCCUCCGGGAGCCGGUGAGUAGAGGUCUGCUGUUGACACCAUGAAUGGUUAACCUCAACACCACCCCAACACGAAGCCAGAAACACUCCCCUAAAGUCAACAUGACCACCAAGAGAUCAGAGUGUCUUUGACUGUGUUCCACAUGCGUGUGGUCAUGACCACAGAGUGACCACCACGUGUCUCCUCCUCUCCAGGCCAGGGCGGAAAACGACCACACCAAAGACAGACCACAGACUGACCCCACAUCGACCGGACCAGAGACUGACCGCAGGCGACCACAGACCCCUGACUGUUUUCCCUGUCUGGUGGUCAUGUCCGGUCUAACCAGGUCCGGCGUUGUGGAGAACGGUCACCAGGGCCACGGUGGUCAGUCGUCGGCUGCACACGGUCACCCCCACGGCGGUCAGGGCGGCGUGGUCACCAUGGACGGCUGCGGUCUGAAUCCCGUGUUGGACUACACCGCGGAAAUGGAGCGCUACCGCUCCUUCGCCAACUUCUACGCGAAGACCAACGUGAACAUGAACGCGGUGACCGGUAUGAACUUCCCUCAGUCGGCGAAACUCGCCCGAAUCACGGCUCCCAUGUUCCCCGGCGGCCGGCUGGGGGUGGGCGUGGCGGGUGUGACGCCGUGGGGUUGCCACGACAAUGUCAACAUGAACAUGAACGUUAAUGCGGCCGCGAUGCUGUGGGGGCGGAAACCUCCUGUCCAUCAGGCCACACCCCCAGCCUCAUCCACAGCACACCCCACUCAGUCGGCGGCCCACAUGCAGCCCCACCCACACCGGACCGGGGGCGUGGCCAGCAGCCAGGGUUCCGAAGGCAAGCAGCUGGUAGGACAUGGACACGCCUUACAAGGGCAGGAAACACAUCAUCACCACGGCAACAACAACUUCCUGUCCAGCUAUACAGCUGCCGAUCACAUGGCCAAACAGGGCCAUGCCCACCAGGACAUGCUUAGCCUAUCGGAUCGCAGCAGCAGCUGCAACGGAGGAGCAGGAGGAGCCAACGGGGUUAACAUGUCCAACUUCCCAGCAGGAAUGUUGGGUUUGCCACCCGGGGUCAUUGUCAUGGCAAUGGGGUCGCACAACAACAUUCCGGACUCCUCCCACUUCCAGAUGGCGACCAAUCACAACCAGCUGCUAACAGACUGCCAUCACACUAACCAGAGUAACUCAUCCCCUUGCCCCUCAACCUCGCCCGGGAUGAACUCUGGGGCCAGGGUCAGGGGGAGGAGCCUCCAAGAGGAAGAGGAAGCGUUGUGGGGUGUGUGCUCCCUGUCGACGGCUGAUUAACUGUGGGGUGUGUUCUGCCUGUAGGAACAGGAAGACGGGUCACCAGAUCUGUAAGUUCAGGAAGUGUGAUGAGCUGAAGAAGAAGGCUGGCAGCAUACAA